AUCAUAUGUUGUGUCAUACGAACGCAAGCGCCUUGUGCUUCUAGAUUCUUCAGCAUCUUGCGAUGCCGGAGGGACUUUGAGGUUGCGUAAAGAGGAGACGGCUGGAGAUUCUGGGGGGCGGGACGAGCCUGCGCCCGCCUGUAGUGGAGCCCUGAUAUCAUUCUCUAGUGCUCCAGCCUGUGGCGAAGCGCCUACUUCUUGUCUCACGGUCCGCUGGGUGGUUGGUGACAGUGAAACGUAUGAUGUGGUCCUUGUCCGUCGCGAGGAUACUGUCUCGUCCAUACGCUCUGUCGUGGUCCUUCUCCUGGCUCUCGCUUCUUCGGCUGUGGGGUACGGACGCAUAUUUUGGACCGGUGCUUCCUGCUCAAUGCUUGCUCUCUCCCUCCCUGCUGUAUCGUCUUGUGACCGGCGGCUAUGACUCCCUGCGUAUCUUGCUUCGGUUUGAUAAGCUGCGUCCGUUUCAGUAGAAUGACCUUGCGUCAGGUUACGCAAAACACUGUAAAAUGGGUACAUGCUCAAGGUUUGAAGCAUUGGGUCGACCUGAGGCUUCAAAAUGAAUGGAGGACAGGUUGCUAGGUCUAACCCCGCGACCUAGAUGAUUGAAAUAUACACCUCUCACGGGCAUGUGUUGUGCGCGUUUUCGAAUAUCGGUGAAAUGAUCGCUCAGAAAAUAAAUACUUAUUCGAAACACGAGUCGUCCAAGUUAUCCACCACAGAUUCCAGCGCGAUCUUUGGCUUCAACAAAAUCCUCAC